CCGAAGUCGAACGCUUCCAAACUCACCCGAAGCCGUUUUCACCCCCUUCAAUCGAACCACUCCCUCCUUCCACACCAUUCAAAAUGACUGCUGCCUGGAAAGCCGCCGGCCUCACCUACAACCGCUACCUGGCGAUUGCCGCCCGCACGGUGCGCCGGUCCCUGAAGGACGAGCCCCGUCUUGCUGCUGAGCGUCGCGGUCUUAUGGACAUUCGUUUUGCCAAGUGGGAGAACGGCAAGCAGGGCAACGUUCGCUCGCUCGCCGAGGCCAACGACGAGGCCGUUGCCAAAGCCGCUGAGAAAUAG